AUGAAGCAACACAAAGAAGGGAAGGCAAUUCUAGCAUGUGUUUAUGUGGAUGACAUAAUCUACACCAGUUCAUCCAAGGAGAUGAUGAUUGAGUUCAAGAGGGAUAUGAUGAAAACCUAUGAAAUGACUGAUUUGGGAAAGUUGCACUAUUUUUUGGGCCUUGAGGUGAAACAGGAUGAUGAAGGCAUCUUUGUUAGUCAAGCAGAGUAUCUUGAAGAUCUAUUGAAACAAUGCAACAUGAAUGGAUGUAGGUCUGAACCAACACCAAUGGUUUAUAAUUUAAAAUUACAAGUUAAAGAUGAUUCUGGGCAUACUGAUGGAAGACAAUAUCGAACUUUGAUUGGGAAGCUUAUGUAUUUAACCAGGCCUGCCUAA